AUGAAGUGGGGUGGCAGAAAACCUUCUUCAUCUUCUUCUGCUUCCUCUUCUAGGCCUUCAUUCAUCUCUCAUGCAUCUCCUUUUUCAUGGCUUUCCAAGUUCAAGCAGAUGAAAAUCAACUCAGAGCCAAAACCCGCAUCACUGAAGCAGAAUGCAAAACAGAAUUCAAUUCCAUCUGAUGCUUCACCCCAUUAUGCUUGUGGGAAUAGAGAAAGGUUUUAUGGAGGGGAUGAUGAUGCUUUCUGGAGACUCUCAUUUGGUGAAGAGGGUACUAAUGAGCAUAGGAAAAGUGAAGAUAUUCUGAAACCAGUAAUGUACAGUUUGGAUGCUGAGCAUGCCAUUCCAUCCUCAAGUGAUAGACUCAAUGCUAAAAGACAUGGUAGAAAAGAAUGCAGUUUGAAGUUGAAGCAGAAGGAAACUGGACUAAGAGAAGAGACAAAAUUGCUGAAUGAAACAAAGAGUGUGAAGGAACUUGAAUACUUAAGGAGGAGGUAUGAGAGGAAAGCACAAAGGGUUUUGCAAGAGCAACUCUUGAAAUUAGAACGAGCAGAAAAAGAAGCUGAAUUUGCAUCAAGUGAAUGCUUAGAACAAUUUGAUUCACCAAGAACAAUUUGCACACCAAGAAAGCAUUUGUUUUCCUCUCAUGUAGAUUCAAGAUGUUCUGGCCUUGCAAGUGUGAGAGAAGCUUGUGCAUAUAGUACCCAUUUGGGUUCUGAGUGGUCGAAUUUGAAACAAAGUGAAGAAUUGAAAGCAAAGAUUAACAAGCAGAGGCAAUCACUUCAUGUGAGCAGAGAAAACCAAAAGAGAAAACCAAAGCACAGUUCCAAGGUUAGAGUGUAUUCUCCAAGGAUGGGUUCCAAGGUUGAAAUCCGCAAGAUAAAGGCUAUUGAGGAGAAAAAGAAGGCAAAACAGAAGAUGAAAAAAGAAGAAGAAGAAAGAGAGGAAGUUGUGGAGGGAACAACAGGCUUGGAUUUGGAUAGCUUUGCUGUGGUGAAAUGUUCUUUGGAUCCUCAACAAGAUUUUAGAGAUUCAAUGAUUGAGAUGAUCACAGAGAAACAGAUCAACCAGCCAGAAGAAAUGGAAGAGCUUUUAGCAUGUUAUCUCACUUUAAAUUCUAAUGAGUACCAUGAUCUCAUCAUCAGAGUGUUCCGCCAGGGAAGAUCAAAUUAUCUCCACACGAAAUCAGAGAGUAAAAUAGCAAAUACGUCAAUGGCAUUUCAUGAGCAUCUUGUUCAUUAUAUUGAAGAAGCAGCAGCAGCAGCUCAUAGACUACAUCACUUGACACAGCCACAACACUUGACACAGCCACAAUAUUACUGUAGCCGUAAUGUCCACAACAGCAUCAGAAUCACCCAGCAAUUGCAGGAUGAUUUCCAUUCACAAAAACGGAGACUGGAGAUAAUCAUACCAAGGUUGGAUGUUGAGGUUAUGGUCACUGUCAUGGAUGCAAUUGUGUGA